AUGAACAGCGAGAGAGUGCCGUCUCUUCCAUUGCCCAACUUGCAUCAGGCGUACUCAUCGGGUACCUCGUCACCCCGGGUCAGCUCCAUCGGCUCCGCUUCCAGCUCUCACGCAGGUUCGCAGUCGUCCUUCACGUCGGCCGCAUCCUCCCACGGGCCCAAAACACCUUCUCCCACCCUGCCUAUCAACGCGGCGAUUCCUGGAUCUUCCAGUCAGUCAAUUGGUGGUUACGAGCAUUACCCCGCCAUGAAUCAACCUGCAGCAGACAUGUACUAUUCGCAACAUAUGUCUGCCGGCCAAGCGCCACCGCCCCAGACCGUGACCUCCGGCGCAAUGUCUUACCACACCCAGCCACCGCCGUUGCAGCCAAGCCAUCUGCCUCAAUAUCAGCAGCAGACUCAGUACGGCCAGCCGUACGGUUAUUCCAAUGGCUUAACUUCGCCCCAAAGCGCUCCCGUGAACAACGGAAUGGGUGGACAAAACGUGCUGCCUCUCCCGGGUGUCAACCCUGGAAGUUUCCAGGGCUUUGACACCACUGGCCAAGUCGCUCCGCCUGGCAUGAAACCCAGAGUAACAGCCACUUUGUGGGAGGACGAAGGCAGCUUGUGUUUCCAGGUAGAGGCACGGGGCAUCUGUGUCGCACGCCGCGAGGACAAUCACAUGAUCAACGGCACCAAGCUGUUGAAUGUCGCGGGAAUGACCCGUGGUCGCCGCGAUGGCAUUCUCAAGAGCGAGAAAGUGAGACAUGUCGUCAAGAUUGGCCCUAUGCACCUGAAGGGUGUCUGGAUCCCUUUUGAGAGGGCGUUGGACUUUGCAAACAAGGAGAAGAUCACCGAACUGCUCUAUCCCCUCUUCGUCCACAACAUUGGCGCCUUGCUCUACCACCCCACGAACCAAACCCGCACCAACCAAGUCAUGGCUGCAGCUGAACGCCGCAAGGCAGAGCAAAGCCAGAUGCGCGGUGCUCCCCAGAACGGCGCCCCUGGGCUGCCGUCUAUUCAGCAGCACCAUCACCAUUCUAUGGGCUUACCCGGACCUCAGCAACCUCUGCCGUCCCAUGCAAACAUGGGCCGUCCCACUCUUGACCGCGCCCACACGUUUCCUACUCCCCCGACUAGCGCUUCUAGCGUGAUGGGUGGCAGCAUGGGCGCCUCAGACAACGGAUUCCAGUGGGCUCAGUCUCAAGGAAUGGGCAGCGCGCAGCCCCAGAACCCCAUGUCUAUUGACACCGGUCUCAGCAAUGCCCGCUCCAUGCCCGCAACUCCUGCCUCGACACCGCCCGGCUCCACCAUCCAGAACAUGCAGCCAUAUCAGACCGGCACACAGCAAUACGACAGCUCAAGGGCCAUGUACAACCAGUCUUCUCAGCAGUCCCCUUACCAAACCAGCCAAGGCUCGCAGGAUCGCUCCGUAUACAGCCAGAACGACCCAUAUGCUAAGAAUGAUAUGGGUCCUCCGUCAGCACGGCCCGCUGCGACGAGCGCCUCUCAAGAUCAGAAGCCCUCGAACGGCAUCAUGCAUCCCGAUUCCAAUGCCCCUCAGCCUGCCGGUGAGGAAGAGGCUGACCACGAGCACGAUGCCGAAUACACCCACGACAGCGGUGCCUAUGACGCCAACCGUGGAUCGUACAACUACUCCGCUCCUGCCGUUGGAUCGCUUCCCACCGAACACCAGCACCUGUCUCCUGAGAUGACAGGCUCGCCCAGCCACCCUCCUGCAUCCGGUCGUGCUACUCCCCGCACUGCCGCCGCACCUCAGCCCUACUACUCCCAGCAGGCUGGCUACAGCACGCCUCCGCGUGUUGCUCAGCAAUCUUCCAGCAACCUCUAUAAUGUAAUGAGCAACGACCGCAACUCUGCAGCUGCGGGUGGCAACAGCGUUUACCAGCCCCAGUCCGAUAUGAACUCCAUGCCCAACGGCUACCCCUCGCAGAUGAACGGUGCCUCGAGUGGCAUCAAGCGCGGUCGUGAUGAUGACGACGACCUGCAGCGUCCGCUGAGCGGUGGCGGCAUGGACAUGAAGCGCAGAAAGACGCUCAUGAACUCGGCUGUCCCCACGUAUGACACCAUGGCUCGCGCUCCUCCUGUUAUGGCUCAACAGCAGCAAGGAAGGUAG